AACGUUGUCAUUUAGAGUUGAAACCACGGUCAAGUGAAUCGAAUACAGCAUGAUGAACAAAUUCAUCUUUAGCACUAUCUGCGCCCUCUGUGCCUAUCGGAUAUUCGCACUCCCGGUGACGACCAUCCCUGACGAUGCCGAACAACAGGGCGGAAAGUUCGAAGGAGACAUGGUUCUGUCGGAGCAGCAGCGCCUCGCUAUAGCUGGAUUUCGCAACGGCCUUACCGCCGACGAGUACCGGUGGCCUAACAACACCGUCUACUAUCGAAUCAUUCCGGACAAUUUCACUACCGAACAGGUCGAUUAUAUCCGACGGGGUCUGGAUACAAUUGCCAAUGUUUCCUGCAUCCGUUUCCUGGAAGCGGAUGAAAACUCCACUGCCUACAUACGGGUCGUUGGAGACAACGUAGGCUGCUUCUCGGAAGUUGGCUAUAUUGGAUCUGUUCAGGAUUUGAAUUUGGCGCCCAACAAACUGGAAAGUGGAUGUUUCCGACUGGGAACGAUUAUGCACGAGUUUCUACAUGCGCUUGGUUUCUACCACAUGCAGAGCGCCACCGAACGGGACGACUAUGUCACUAUAGUGUGGGAGAAAAUUGAGCAGCGAUUCCAGCACAAUUUUGAAAAGUAUAACGCUAGCUUUAUAAGCGGAUUCGACGUCGAGUACGACUACGGUAGUGUGCUGCAUUACCCGGCCGUGGCUUUUAGCAUCGAUGGCAACGUGACCAUCGCCCCAAAGAUGGCCAAUGUUACAAUUGGACAGCGUGAAAAAAUGAGUGCAAGUGACAUUAUCAAACUCAAUCGAAUGUACAAGUGCGAAUAAAUGUGUGACCUGUUAAGGGAUAAACUAGUUUACAGAUCUCUCAUCAAGGACAAUGAACUAUAGCAAUUAACACUACAAAGUGUAGUAAGUACUUCACACUCCUGCGCUUCACACGAGUUUCAAAUUGUGGGAAAAAGAUAAGCGAAGUAAUAAAAUAGUUCAGUUCAAUUGCAUGUUUUAUACCAAUGUUAAGCCUCUAUCAAUUUACUCAAAACUAGGGUGGUGCAGAAACCGGUAAUACAGGUAUUACUGGCCAAUUUUGAGUACUUACCGAAAAUACCGGUAUUACAGGCGGAAAAAUAUCGGUAUUUUCGGUAUUUCAAAUUAUCCUGUCAGUAUAAAAAACUCGAAUAAAAACUCGUUUUUAUCUAAAUAUAACAGCUAAACCCGACUAGAAGGUCAUAUCAAAAUUAUAUCAACCUAUGUUAUUAU